GAGGCGCAUCUCAGUGUCGCACCGCGGUCGGCCGGGAGAGCAAGCCUAAAACAUUCACAUCACCGCUGAACUUUUUAUUUUAAUCACAGAGUUGAAAAACAAUCAUUUUUUUCUAAGAAAUAAAUCGAAAUAAAAAAGGGCGCCAUCUUAACGGUGGAUGAUGUUAUUAGAUAAACUCAAGACACUCUUGGAUUGUCCGCGCGUACAAGAAUCACCUGUGAAACACAAUUUUCAAGGCAACAAUAAUGCGUCCCCAAAGGAUGGCCUUCAGUGGCGCGGCCGCAAUGGCGGCCACUGCGGCAGCGGAGAGUGCGGCGUCGGGAAUGGUGGCGGCGGCAUCGCUGAUGGCGGGCACGCCGCCGAGAACGGCUGCGGGGGCGGCGGCGGCGGCGUCCAGGAGAACGGGAACGCCGGACCGAUUACAGACAAGCUGGAGGGACAGGACCCAACUGAGAACGACGCUAUUCACCUCAAGAGACGGGUGGGACUCGUCAGUGGGGUGGCUCUAAUUGUCGGCACUAUGAUAGGAUCUGGAAUAUUCGUCUCUCCAUCGGGUCUGUUACAACGGACUGGUUCGAUUGGAAUGAGCUUCGUGGUAUGGAUGGCGUGUGGUGUGCUGUCUUUACUAGGGGCACUGUCUUAUGCUGAGCUGGGAACGAUGAAUACGUCCUCCGGCGCCGAGUACGCUUACUUCAUGGACGCGUUCGGAGCCCCGCCGGCGUUUCUCUUCUCAUGGGCGAGCACCCUGGUGCUCAAGCCGUCGCAGAUGGCCAUCAUCUGCCUCGGAUUCGGCAAGUACGCCGUCGAGGCUUUCGUCACCGAGUGCGAACCUCCCGAAAUCGUCGUGAAGAUGGUAGCGUUGCUUGCAAUUGUUGUGAUUCUUUAUAUCAACUGCUACAGUGUGAACCUGGCUACAAGCGUGCAGAACGUAUUCACAGCCGCGAAGCUAGUCGCCGUGCUGAUUGUAAUCGUCGGUGGAGCUUACAAAAUGUUCGAAGGCAACAUUCAGCAUUUACGUGAACCUUUUAAGAACACCGAGUAUUCCAUCGGCAACAUCGCCACUGCAUUUUACAGCGGUCUGUGGGCGUACGACGGCUGGAAUAAUCUCAAUUACGUCACGGAGGAGAUCAAGAAUCCUUCCAAAAACUUACCGCGCAGUAUUGCAAUUGGUAUCCCACUGGUAACCAUCUGCUACGCGCUGAUCAACGUCUCGUACUUAACCGUGAUGUCCCCAAUGGAGAUGAUUACAUCCGAGGCUGUUGCCGUUACAUUCGGCAAUCGCUUGUUGGGAAUGAUGGCGUGGUUGAUGCCGUUGUCUGUGACCAUCUCGACGUUUGGCUCUGCGAAUGGCACGUUGUUUGCUGCUGGUCGGCUGUGCUUCGCUGCGAGCCGCGAGGGUCACAUGCUGGAUAUCUUGUCCUACGUGCAUGUCAGGCGGUACACUCCUUCGCCGGGAUUGAUUUUCCACUCGCUAAUUGCCGCUGCCAUGGUUUUGUACGGUACCAUAGACUCCCUCAUCGACUUUUUCAGUUUCACGGCGUGGAUCUUCUACGGUGGAUCAAUGGUUGCUCUGCUUGUUAUGCGAUACACUAAACCAAACUAUCCAAGGCCCUAUAAGGUGCCUAUCAUCAUUCCAGUGUUGGUUUUAGUCGUGUCCAUUUAUUUGGUCGUUGGUCCCAUUGUGGACAAGCCCACGAUCGAAUAUCUCUACGCCGCGUCCUUCAUCUUAAGCGGGAUGAUAUUUUACGUGCCGUUUGUGCACUACAAGAUGCACAUCCCUUUCAUGGGGAGAAUAACGGUAUUCUUGCAAAUGCUCUUAGAAGUAGCGCCGACAACUUCAAUGUUCGACUAGAUAAACAAAACCUACGAGUAUCUAUAAAGUAUCCUAUGCUCAGUUAUUAACCCGUAAUUAAAUGUCAUAUAAUUCGCUGGGGCUGAGCGAUGAGAGAGGGUGAUAACACAUGGUUACAAGUUUAUGUUACUUAUUCGCACGUUAAUCACUUUGUUUGUGUUGUUUUCAUUCAUUCAUCUUUGCGCACAUCCCGAUUUACACACAGAAACAUAAGUUUUGAUUUCGUAGUUGCACGAAUCAUUCCUCCCUUUCUUUCAUGGCGGCCCGUGGGGUGCAACACGCCGCCAUCUUAGUUCGCGCGUUGUUCGUAUGCCGUUUUCUUCCGUUUCGAAACUCUCAAGCUGAACAUGAACAAACUUAAAACACUUUCAACUAAAAAACAUGCAUAGGACAAGGAGUGGAGAGCAAGAAAGCAAAAAGCAAUACAUUCACGUAGUGAAAAUCAAAAGGAACUAUACGAUGACGAAAACCACGAAGAGAAUCACAAAUAAUUCAAAAAAGUCUGAAUUUUUUAUGAGAUAAUCAUUAUUUUUAUAUACACGCGACAUGUGAGUGUGUGUGUGGACAUUUCGAAACGAUGCAGAGGAAAGAAAUUAAAAGACACUUGUAACCAUGAUGCGCAGACACGCAAGUUGACGUCGACACGUCGUUCACUUGGUCCUUUUUCUAUAAUUAUUAUCAAAUGUUAUUGCUAACACUUUUUUGUGAAAGAAUUUGAUUUAUUACGGGCGUUCAUGGUAAAACUAUGGUAUUAUCAUUCCUUACCGGAACGCCAGACGCCGUUUUGUUAUUUAUUUUGAUAUUUUUCAUUAAUAAAUAAGUUGCAACAAUCUGAGAUUGUUUGCUAGUGAUUAAUGAAGAAAUGUAACUAGGACACAAGACACACACAGACAAAAUAUCGAUUUGCUGUGAGGCAGAAAGGUACCUGUUGAUAAAAGAGGAGUAUGAGUAGUAGAGUAAUUGGCAGGCAAACAUUCAGUUCUUGUUUGUAAUUUGAUUUCACGCGACAUGCAUAUCAAGUGUACCAGAACGUUUUGUCUGAUUUGUGAAGUGUUAGGAUCUGAACAUGUUGCUCUACAUCGAUCUUUUGAUUACAUUGUAUUUCGACACGAGCGCGUUGACGAUAUGUAUAGUGUUUUAUAUAAUUUUAGGUUUUAAUGAUAUAUUUAAUGCAGAUAAAAAAUUUAUUGUUGCCAAAAUUAAUAUAUUGUAAAGAGAUGAAUACAAUAAAUUGUUUUCAAUUGAA